UUAAAAUUAAAGGCAAAUAUUCAUUUAUAAUCACUUUGGAAGCCCUAAAUCCUAAAAGGAACAUUUUUUUUCUUUCUAAGGAGGAAUCAUUCAGAAGAAAUCUCAUAUUCUCUCUCAAGAAGUGCAGAGGAGUUUCAUGCAAAUGGAUUCAAGUUCUAAACUGUAUUCUUUUGAUGAGGUUUCAAAGCACAACCACCACAGAGAUUGCUGGCUUAUAAUCUCUGGAUAUGUGUACGAUGUGACUGCUUUUUUACCGGAUCAUCCAGGUGGCGAAGAGCUUCUUCUGCUUGCAGUCGGAAGAGAUGCAACAUUUGAUUUUAAGAGUGUUGGGCACAGCGAGUUGGCUCAAGAGAAGAUGAAAAAGUAUCGAAUCGGGAAGAUCGACAUGUCGACUCUCCCUAGGAAACAACAAUAUGUGGAAACUACACCAUAUCAGCCAACUCCAAGUCUGUUUUCCUUCUCACCCAUCCAUCUCCUAAUCCCUAUUUUGCUCUUAGCCUUGGCUUUUGCAUUUCCAUAUUUCAAACUUAAAGCCUAAAAUUCAUUAUUUUACAGUUCUAUUCUACUUUCCCACAAGGAUUAUUAUAGGCUAUGCUACAAUAACAAUAACAAUUUGAAGCUAAUUGCCUUCAUUAUUGAAUGGUUCAAUGGGUUUCUAUCACUUCUUAAUUUCU